GCUGCAGUACAUGGGAGAACUGAAGAGCCUGCUGGCUCUCUGUAAAAGCCACCGAAAGUGCAGCCAUUUGACUGAAGAGUAAACCCUUGUGCACUGACCGUGUUUGGACUAACAAAUGAACACAGAGACAGAAGAUGACUUUUAUCAGUCAGAGGAUGACUUGGAUGAAGAUGAGGCCACACAAUAUAUCAUUGAACAAAGUCUGAUUCAAUAUAGAAAGCUUAAAGGAUUGAAUCCAAGUGAUCUGAAACCCAGUGAAAAUCCUGAUGAGAUUUUCCAAGCAAUCAGGGAGGGUGAUGAAGAUGCACUGAACAGAAUUGUAGUGCAACCAGAGACCCUGUCCAGAGUCGAUGAAAGAGGAUGGAUUCCACUGCAUGAGGCUGCAGUGCAAGAGAAAAAGAAGAUUCUCGAGAUUAUCUUCUCAGCAUCACCCCCAGGUGCAGCCCAAUGUCGGACUCUAAAAGGUGAGACACCACUGUUUCUGGCUGUGAUUCAUGGACUCAGGGAGAACGCCACGUUCCUGUUACAGAAUGGUUGUAGCCCUGACCUCCAGAAUGAUGAGCAGGAUUCUCCUUUAGUGGCAGCCAUUCUGAAUGACCAGUAUGACUUGGCCACUCUGUUGCUUCGCUACAAUGCCAAAGUAGACCAAACGGGACCACUAAACAGGACAGCUUUACACGAGUCUGCCUUUCUAGGUCUGGAGAACUUUGUCUAUCUGCUCCUAGAAUCUGAUGCCAACCCGAAUGCAUGUGACAUCAAAAAGAAAACCCCGCUGGCUCUGGCUGCACAGAAUGGACAUCUGAAUGUGGUGGAAGUCUUGUUACAGAAAGGAGCCCAUGUGUGGUGUGAGUCAGAGUCAGGCUCUGUCUUGUUUGAUGCAGCAGCAUCAGGAAACCCUGACAUUAUCUCCUUGCUGCUGGACCAUGGAGCAGAUCCCAACCUACCUCUUUACAGUGGGCACCUGCCAAUUCACCGUGUGGCCUACCAUGGGCACAUACUGGCGCUGGAGCUUCUCAUCCCAGUGACUAAAAUGGAUGCUGUAAAGGAAAGUGGGAUGAGUCCUCUCCAUUCUGCAGCUGCCGGGGGACAUGCCCAUUGUGUGGACAUGCUGCUCAAAGCUGGAUUUGAUCCAAACUUCAUGCUGCACCCAAGGGUUCGCCGCAACUAUGAUGAUGAACGCAGGUCUGCCCUCUUUUUUGCUGUGUCCAACAAUGAUCUUCAGUGCACCCGCUUGCUGUUAGAGGCUGGGGCAAUGGUGAACCAGGAUCCUAUUAACUGCUUGCAAGUGGCUCUUAGACAGGGCAACUAUGAACUGAUCAACACAUUGCUGAGGUCUGGGGCAAAUGUAAACUACUACUCCCGUGUCAACACCACUCACUUCCCUUCAGCGCUGCAGUACGCCGUGAAAGACGAGGUCAUGCUGAGAAUGAUUCUUAACCAUGGAUAUGAUGUUAAGCGUUGCUUUGACUGUCCCUAUGGUGACAGUUCCCAUGACUACGCUCCUUGGACGACCUCAGUCAUAAAAGAUAUGGUGUUCUGUGAGGUGAUAACAGUGUCAUGGCUUAAGCACUUAUCCGCUCAGGUGGUGCGCAUCAUGCUCGACUACACCGACCAAGUCUCCUUCUGCACCAAACUGAAGGACACCUUGGAGGAGCAGAAACAGUGGGUGGAGAUCUGUCACAUUCAAAGAAAUGCACGGAGCCUGAAACACCUGUGUCGGUUAAGGAUAAGAGAACAUUUAAGUUGCCUGCGCUUGAGAGCCCCAGUUUUUAUCAGCUUCCUUCCUCUUCCUUCCAGACUGAAAGAUUACCUCCUCUACAAAGAGUUUGAUGUCUACAGCAGAGGCAGUAUGAUUAACCCACAGUGACAACACAUUUACAGUUGUUAAAGAUAGCAUUGUCAUAUUCAUUGUCUGUUUGCCUUGAUAAUGUGUGCUUUGGAAAGUACAUGUAGUUUUCCCAA